UUCCUUUCGGAGCGGAGACGGCAAAUGGCGGACUUCGAUACCUACGACGACCGGGCCUACAGCAGCUUCGGCGGCGGCAGAGGGUCUCGCGGCACUGCUGGUGGCCAUGGUUCCCGCACCCAGAAGGAGCUGCCCACAGAGCCCCCCUACACAGCAUAUGUCGGAAAUCUACCUUUUAAUACGGUUCAAGGCGACAUAGAUGCUAUCUUUAAGGAUCUCAGCAUAAGGAGCGUACGACUAGUCAGAGACAAAGACACAGACAAAUUCAAAGGAUUCUGCUAUGUAGAAUUUGACGAGGUGGAUUCCCUUAAGGAAGCCUUGACAUACGAUGGCGCACUGUUGGGUGAUCGGUCACUUCGUGUGGACAUUGCAGAAGGCAGAAAACAAGAUAAAGGUGGCUUUGGAUUCAGGAAAGGUGGACCAGAUGACAGAGGAAUGGGUGGCCCUCGAGAAUCUAGAGGUGCAUGGGAGUCCCAGGAUGACUUCAAUUCCGGCUUCAGGGACGACUUCUUAGGAGGCAGGGGCGGGAGUCGCCCCGGUGAUCGGCGAACAGGCCCCCCAAUGGGGAGUCGUUUCAGAGAUGGCCCUCCCCUCCGAGGGCCCAAUAUGGAUUUCAGAGAACCAACAGAAGAGGAAAGAGCACAGAGACCACGGCUCCAGCUUAAACCUCGAACAGUUGCAACACCCCUCAACCAAGUAGCCAAUCCCAACUCUGCUAUCUUCGGGGGAGCCCGGCCCAGAGAGGAAGUUGUUCACAAGGAGCAAGAAUGAGCUGGCGGUUGGGAGGGAAUGGGGUAUGGGGGCAGUUAGAGCAAGACCGAAGCCUGGCAGCCCCCUGGACCGGCAGUCCUGCAGUUACCAUUCCUGCGCCUGACCUUUGUCCUCCUUUCUUACAAAGGAAACACAGAGCUUGUGAGUGCAUGUCAGCAGUUAACAAGUGGUUUUUAGUACAUUCUUGGCUUUGCUGUAUCUAGUGCCUGUUUCGUGCUUUUUUUUUUUUCUUUUCUGCCACUCCUUUCCCCAUUUCCUUCUGUCCUUUUUCCUUCUUGUUCCUUGUUUCCUUCCAGCACAUGAGUUUCUCGAAAGGGACAAAAGGCAGCCACCAUGUGGGGAGCUCUUCGAAUUGAGGUGCUGCUUCAUUUUUCUCCUUCGCUUUCUCUUUUUACUUUAAACACUGGCCAGACUCCAGUCACUUCCUUUGAUUUUUUUUUUUUUUUAGUGCUUCUCUUCCGACCUGCAUGUUGAGUUCUGUAUUUCUGUGGCUUUCACAUACACAUACACAUACACAUACACAUACACAUACACAUACACAUACACAUACACAUACACAUACACAUA